AAAUAAAUAUUAUUUCUUUUAAAACAUAAUUUUAAACAAUACAAUAAUAUUAUUAUUUUAAAACAUACUUUCAAACAGUCAUAUAUUUAACUACAAUAAGAAUAUAUAAAUUUAGAAUAAUAAUUUAUUUAUUUUUUAAAUAUAAAUUAAAGGUUGAGUCAAAACAUAUUAAUAAAUGAAAAUAAAAUAUUAACCAACUGUUACAAUUUAGUUCUUUUGUAAAAUUUAUGCAUAUGCAUGAAACUUCAGAAUAUUAUCUUUAUAUUAUUUUUUGUAAUUUGGAAAUCACACACUUUAGAUUAUUUUUUAUUUCAUUCUAAGCACAAUAUAUCUUAAGGGAUACAUAAUCUUAUUAAAAUGUAUUUACAUAUCUAAGACAACAACCAACUUAAAUGCAAAUAAGAAAAUUAAUCAAAAUUUUAAUAUACUUAGAAUAACAAAUAUUAUAGUUAAAUUCAUAGAAAUAGAUGUAAUCCAAUAUAUCCAAAUGAUAACUAAAUCGACUUUAAAAUAACAAAAACAACUAAAUAUAACAUACCUAAAAUCAUAUGUCUAAUUAAAUUAAUACUCCCUCUGUUUCAUAAAGUUAUAUAUUUUAGAAAAAAAAUUGUUUCAAAAAGAUCUAUUGCAUUUUCAAUGCAUGUUUUAUUAACUAAUUGCAAACUCCAAAAAUCUUAAUUGCAUUUAUUAUAUUUUUAUUGGCUUAAAAUUAUGGGAAAAAAGAUAAUCACAAAAAAAUUAUGCAAAUUUAAUGUCUUUUAUUAAAAUGUGUGAAAAAUCUAAAAUAUAUAACAUUUUGAAACGAAGGGAAUAUAGUAUUAUUAAUAUAAAUUAUGUAUACAAAUUAUAUAUUUAUUUAAAACUAAAACUAAAUAUCAAUCAAUUGUUAUAGUGUAUUUACUUUAUAAAUAUUUAUACACGUGCUUGAGCACUGGAAAAUCAUCUAGUAUAGCAAUAUAUUACAUAACAUAUUGAGUUGUUCACAUGCAUUUUGAAUCUUCUUGAAGUUGAAGUAUAGCUCAAUUUUUUUUUAGAUUUUAUUUUAAAGAAGUAUAGCUCGAAUUUAGAAAGUUUCAUACAUACAGUAUUUGUGUUUAGGUCGAACGACCUCUGCAGAGAAAACCAUACAUGUGUUAUCAAAAAAAAAACAAACAUUAAAUUAAUAUUUAUACAAUUUAAUGAAUAAAAUAUUUAGAACUUAGAAGUGUUUAAUUCAUAAUUAACAAAAAUAUGGAAAAGUUUACAACAUUUGCAUAGUUUACAAAUAAAUUUUACAAUAUAAUCACAUACACUAAAUAUAAAUGGUAGUUUUAUUUUUUGUAGUUUUGAUUAGAACCGACAAAUAAUUUAUUUAGUACCACCAAAUUAUAACAAAUAUUAUGAAAGGAGAUUAAUUUUACCUUUCAACAAGAACAAAAUAUUGAAUUAAUAAUUUAAAUAAAAUCACUCAUUAUUUUUGAUGAUAAAAUAUGUCUUUUGUAUCAGUGUCUAGUUGCUUCAAGUCUUUAUAAUGUAUGAUGUUUUUUUUUUUUUUGACAAACUGUAAUGCAUGUUGUUGCUAAUUAAAAUGAUGAAUAUGAAAUUUAUUGUUGAUUAUGGAAAUAGUGUAUGUACCUAUAUACUAUUUUAAACAAAACAGAGUGUGACCAAUAGAAACAAAAAAAAAACUACUUUAAAGUUGAUAAUAUGGCUUAAAAUCUACACAAAUUUGAAAUCAUCUAGCAUAAAUCCUCUGAACGUACGUUGGCGAGUCAUGGUAUGUCAACAAGAUUAUUACACUUUUAGUGAUAUUUGCUAAUGGCAAUAUAACUAACCAUGAUCCUACAUUAUAAAUCUACUUUUGAUUUUUUUUUCUAACUCGAAUGUACCCUACAAUCACAUUAGAAGAUAAAAAUUUUAAUGUAAAAACUCCCCAACUAAGUUUGUUUCGGAUAGAAACCCAUAAAUUAAAGAUUCAACAUAAAAUCCCAUAACCUCAUUAGUUGUAAUGAAUUAUAGUCUGCCUCCAUUACUUGGGCCGGAAAGUCUUAAAGCAACAUGAUUUGUUAUUAAAACAUCACGAUGUUUAAGUAAAAUGUCAUGUUGUUUACCAUUUUACUCUAAAGUGUCUUAACAAUCCCCAAAUUGCUGUGAGAUUAGAACGAUGAAACCCCUAAUUAGCGAAAGAGAAGAGUUUUGAGUUUCAUUUGGUGAUUGUGAGAGUUCAAGAGAGGCUGAGUUAUAGUCUGGUGACAAAGUUGAAACCGAGAAGCUGGAUUGAGUUUGGUGGGAGAGUUGAAACUGAGAACCUGAUUUUGAGAGAGACUGAGUUCGAGUUGUUAGGAAGAUGAUUAGGUAAGUUUUAUUUGUUUAUAUCUCAAUUUAUCUGGGGUUUUGUGAUUUUUAUUGAUUUGAUUAUGUGUUUUAAUUGUCGCAAAACUGGACACAAACAAACGCAAAUGUACGCUACCUUCUGUGUCCAAGCCACCAAAUAUUCGAGAAGGAAAAUCCUCAAAAAAUAGAAGACAACCUCUCAACCCGGUGAAUCAACAACUGAAGUAGGAGAAACAGUCACUGAACUCGCUUCACCUUAGCACACUAGAGUUGGCUCAUCGAAAAACUUUCUUUCUAAUUUUUUUUUUUGUAACUCGACUUUAAAAUCCAUGUUUUGGUGUUUCGGAAUAACUAGGCUUAAACUCAUUUGAACCAUGUUUUUACCAUGUUUUGUUGUAACUCAUGGUAUGGUCGUUAGAACCAUUAAAAUGAAGUGAACAAUGUUCCUUGUUUCUAUGUGUCUUCAAGGGUCAUGUUAUUUGUUUCCUACAACGACAAGUGCAAGAAAUAUUAUAUCUUUAAGGGUCAUGUUAUGCAUCAACUCUUCAAACACAACAAUAGUCAUAAAAAAAGUUAAAAAAACACUUGAAACACUAUCAAAUGUCAUAUAAAAAGGCUUAAGACAUCAUUUAAACCACAAUGAUGAUAGUCUUAGAACAAGCUACAGCCACAAAUGACAGUCCUAAAUACUAUUUCACAUUCGAAAACUAAACAAAAAUCAAUUGAAACCAACACCUUACGAAUUUUAUUAUUAAAACAAAAAAUUAAUUAGGAAGAGGAACCAUUUCACAUUCGAAUGAAUUACCUAAUUUCUGUUUCGGAUUUUUCCUGAGUCAGAUAUAAAGAAGAAAGUCGGGUUGUUUUUGUGUUGUCAUUAUAACUAAUCGGGGGAUUUCAAAUAUUAAACGGUCCAAGUAAUGGAGGGGCCAAUUCAUUACGAUUAGUGAGGUUGGUUUUUUUUAUGUUGAAUCUUUAAUUUAGGGAUUUAUACCCAAAAAACUUGAUUGGGGCGGGGGGGGGGGGGGUUCUUAAAAAUCCUAGAAAAUACAACAAACGAAAUGACAUGCACCUCUAUUUCAUUUCUAUAUUUUCCUCCAAAAUAAAGAAACUCUAUUAUAGAUGUGAAUUUGCUCCAAUGUAUGCCUCUUAAUAGAGUUUUAUCUAUUUAUAGGGGAAAAUAUAGAGAAUUGUUAUUUUCAAUCUGAUCAUUUACAUAAAUUAGAAUAUACUUUUUAUUAUUUUUUUAUUGCAAAACAAGCAAUCACAUUCAAAGAUACAAAGAACAAAAAUAUACGACAUACACAAAGAGAGAAAGUUCUAAUUUGUUUCUAACAAGACACAGUAAUUUAGCUAAUCAUCAUUUUCUUAAAUUAAAAUAUAUUUUUUUUGUUUUUACUUCUUUUUGCAAAAAAAAAAAAAACAAUCACAUUCGAAGAUACAAAUAGGGGUGAGCAAAAUAUCUGUAAAUUUUAAUUCAAUUUGUUUUCCGUUUUGAUUUGAACUAAAAAAUCUGGAUAUCCGUAACUAUACGCUGAAAACAAAUAUUAAGAUCUAAUAUCCAUAGGAAACGAAGAAAAUCACAAAUAAUAAUAUUUAUAGGAUUUGAUAUUCGAUUCAAUUCGUUAUAUGAAUAUAAAUACAUAUAUUAAAGAAUUAUAUAUGUACAUUAUAUAAUUAUUAUCUAUUUAUGUAAGUUUUACAAUACUUUAUUUAUGAAAUUGGCAAUUUUAGUUAUUAGAAUUAUAGAAAGUAAAUAAAUGUUUAUUUUCAUAAAAUAUUACUGCUUAUAUUAUUUUGGAUUAUUUAUUUUAUCUGUACGGAUUGAAUCGAAUGAUAUCUGGUUAAAAAUAUAAAUUUUGUGGAUAUUCAGACAUCAAAUACUACAAAUCGAAUCAUAUUGGAUAACUGAUUAUUCGGAUGAAACGGAUCAGAUAACAAAUACUUUUAAAACUCUCGAUAUUUGAUUUGUGUCUACCCUGAAUACAAUGAACAACAAUGUAUGACAUCCAUAAAGAGAGAAAGUUCUAAUUUGUUUCUAACAAACAUAGCAAUUUAAAUAAUAAUCAUUUGCCUAAAUUUUUGUUAAACAAACAAUCACAUUGGAAGGUACAAAGAACAAGAAAAUAUAUGACAUGCACAAAGAGAGAAAGUUUCAAAUUGUUUCUAAUGAAAAAAGAAACAAAUAAUCAAAGACUAGAUUAUUACCAUAUUUAUAACAACAAUAAUUGGAAAAUAGAGAUUUUAUUUUAUUUACACAAAGGAUGGAGACAAGUCAAACGGGACAAAGGUGACGGAAUCGAAGUUUUAUCCACAAAUCGAAAUUCCCCGCCGAAAAUUUCAGACACAACAAAGAAACUCGUAGCCCGAAGCCUGACGUCAUGUCUUCCGAAACUACGAAAAGACCCCUAGAUACUCUGUGUUGAUAGAGGGGUACUCUAGUCUUUGUACACGACUCCCUCUCAACAGUCCAAUCAAAUUCAAAACCUCUGUUACAUAAUAAUCAGAAGACACGACGUAAGGGAAGCUGCACGCUUAUGCAACGAUGUCGUUUUGUGCGAAACUUAAAAUAAAAAUUUAUGCCGUUUUGUCUCUUUAUAAUUAAAACAGUGAAAAGAAAAAAAAAUGUGACGUUUAUUUCCUUUCUCUGCAAUUCUUCUCUUCACAUCUCUCAAAAAUCUUUGGCUUCAACUCAUCAAAAACCGAUUGUGACAUCUCUGAGUUUCCGAACAUAAACUAGGGUUUUGUCUGAACGGGGUUCGUUUCGUGAGUUCACGUGAAGUAGAGUCUAGCACAAACAGUGACUAUGAUGGAGGUUAUAGAGAGAGAUAUGGGGACGGAGACAGAGAGGGAUACGGAUGAAGAUAUGGAGACAGAUGAGCCAAUGGUGUUCGAAGUAACUGAAAUCGAUCUGGAGUAUGAGUUUGAUGCUGCUCGCUGGUGCGAUUUCACUCGAGAGGAGUCUCCGUCGGAGUCUCGUGUUGCCGAACUCUGGUUCGAGACCGCUGAGUCUUACCCACCUUCUCCUUUUUCAAUAAAACUGUUAAUGAUGAGAGAGGAGGUUUCUGAUGAAAAGACGGAGCCUUUGUCAAAAUCAGAAGAUGUCCGGGACCGGGAGAGCGACAUAGAUAUCUCCCAGGACCAGCAUUGUCUAGCCACAGAUGUGAAUGAAACAGCAAAUGAAAUGAAGUCUGGAGUUUUUAACUUCAUUCAAAGGGGUGGUGAAUUAAAGAAUGUUCCAAAUGAGUCUUUGCUUAAAGGACCAACGAUUAGCAAUCACGUACACAAUGAUAAAGUAAAAUGCAGAACAAAGUCAAGUUCUAGGCAGAUACCAAGAGGUUCAACAUUGAUGAAGCCCACUGCUAGCCAAUUGGCAAAACUAGAUAAUUCCAGAGUCCGUAUGCAAGUGGAUAAAACUAAGGAGAAAGGCUUGUUUUCUUCAUCUGGAUCUGAAGCACAGGCUUCUAAAAGACAGAAGCUCGAUGGAGGUCUACUUCGCAAGGUUGCUGAAAAGACACAGGAGAUGAAUUUUGUCCACAAGGCAGUCAAGAAGGACAGAACUCUUGAGAGGAACUUACAACAUGGCAGGACAAAGACUACUGUCCCACAGGAGCCUGAUUUUGCAACAUCACAUAGAGCAAAUAGAAUACGGCAAAAGGACGAUGCUAAGUUGGACCAGGACGCAACAUCAGUAUAUAGAUUCAAAGCACGCCCCUUCAACCGAAAAAUCUUUGAGGCUCCAUCGUUGCCUAUUCGGAAGAAGAGCACUCCUAAACUACCAGAGUUUCAAAUUUUUAUAUCUUAUCAGGAAUUUCACUUAAAGACCUCAGAAAGAGCUAUGCAACAUUCAUCAGCAGUAUCAACGGGGAAUAAUUAUCAUAAGGGGUCGUAUAAGCCUGAUACGAAAGCUUUUCUUGAUGGUGUUAACAGGGAACCAAGAAGACCCAGAGCUGCUGAUAUAGCUAAAGAUGAUGACAGAAAACACAUUUUCAAAGCUCGUCCUCUUGACAAUAAGAUAGUUUCAAGUAGACGAGACAUUGGCAUUUUCAGAAAAAGCAAGCGAGAAACCACAGUUUCCUUGACACAAACUCGGGAGUUUAGUUUUCGCUCACAAAAGAAGGUUCAACAAGAUUUGCCAACAGACCUUUUCAGUAAGCUCUCUAUAAAACCGGAGCUCCAGCCAAAUAAUGGAUCUCGGUUAAGAUCCCCUCAGCCUGAACAAGUAAAGGGCUCCAAGGAAAAUAGACUGAGCUCCUUUCAAGCAGGGAAUGAAAGAACAAGGACGGUACAAGGUGGUAUAUGGACCACUAGGAGGUAAAGCUAGAAGCAGCUGGUGCAACUAAACUAACAAAACAAAACAUGGUUUCCUUAGGGGUUACAAGUAUUACCCAAAACGAAGGCUAACAUAUUAUGAAGAAGUCAAAUCAGGGGAUGUGGUGUGUGACAUUAUAUGGUCGGCUUCAUUUUGUUUUUUUGGGCAAAUGAAAUGUAUAUUGGUGGGAUAUUCUCCGUUCUUGACAUGAAUGAAAUACAAAAAUAGAGGUUCUAAACA